AGAUCUUAUGGAUUUAGGUGUAUAUGUGAUUUGUUUAAAUGAGCUCUGGGCCAUGGAAUAUACGAGUUUAAAGGACUAAAGAGUGAUGAAAGACAUAUCGCUGGAAGAAAGCGGAAAUAAUGAGUGUGAUUUUGAGUCAAAUAUAGAGCAUCAUUUCGACCAAUCAGAUGCGUCCAUUCUCUCCACCACUUCUGUGACGUCAACUCGUUCUGAGUCAGCGAUUUUUACACCGCGCAUAAGCGGUUACAUUCGCAACGACCCACAGCGCCGAUCACUAAAAGAAACAAUCCUUCUACGAAAAUUUGAAAACAGACGCGGAACUUCGAACCGAUGGAAUACUCGAAAUACUUCGCCGGCAGAUGUCGCUAAAGAAGAAUUAGACAAAGCGUCAUUGUUUCGUCAACGUUUGUUGAAAAAUCAAGAAGAGCUCCAUAAACUGCUGAGUCAGGCUCCAUUUGUGCUGAGUAAAGCAAAGCUGGAACAAAAGAAUCAACCAGUUAAAAAACUCGCUGUGAAAAGAGUGGACAACAGUGACGUCACACACCACCAUUGUUACGCAUCAAUCAACGCGGAGGAUAGUUCCUCCUCAGAUGAGGAGCUAAGAGAACCGAUGGCCGACACCCCUCCUAAUCUUUCAGACGAAGAAAGUGUUGAAACUUUUCGUUCCGCUUCGCCUGCUCAUGAGAGGAAUGACGUCAUGACCAAUGACGUCAUCGGGCGACCACGUAACAUCGUGACAGACUCUACGUCAAAGAAAUGCGUCGUCAGUAUUGCACGAACCGCUUCACGAACCAACAUGUUACGCCACAGACGUGGUAGCAAUACUUCCCCAAAUAAUGCUCUAUACGAGGCCGCGAAACCAAGACCCCCUCCCCGGAAGUUGGGACGCAAAACUCCGCCGAUUCAAAAAACUGUCUCGAUCUCCGAUUCCUGGACCCCUGACGUCGCUGUUGAGACUGUUACGUCAUCCGAAACGUCACGAAUCGUCACGCUGCCUUACGUUUCGCGUAGUUCCGGAAAAAUUACCCGACCAUCACAAAGCAAGCGUAAUAAUCGGCACAAUGACGUCAUAAAGGAAAUAAGCGACGCGGAAAAAGAUGAGACAACCCAUAAUGGAUCAUGUGACGUCACAAUACAACACGCGCCACUGACCAAAGAGGAUAUGACGAAGGCCGAUACGUCACCAAGCAGAUGUACAGUUAGUAGCAGCGGGUAUUCGAGUCCUGGCAGCAGCAACGGGAGUGCUUCUCUCUCUCCGUCCUCCUCAAACGCUUCUGCUACCUCCGCUCGCUCUCUAGCGCUACCUCGCGUGCAAGAAAUCCCGACCGAGCAGCGAGAUCGAAGCAAAUCGGAACCCAUCUCAAAGGAAGUUAAAACAGAUGACAUCAGCGUCGGUUCUGGAUCCAACGCCGCAGAAGACGAAGACGUAUUCCCAAUCACAACAUGGGUCGAAUCACCUGAGUUUAAAAACUUGGAACUACAAACUCAGGCCGCAUCCGAACUACCAGCGGUUGAUACGAAGCAGAAAAGGUUGUCAGCACAAAGUGACGAUCUUUCACAACAUGUAGUUAAGAUGAGACAGAAGACGCCACAAAAGCGACCGGUAUCUGCUUACCUACCCAGCAGCACCAACAAACCAGAUGCACAACCACACGUCUCAUUCGCUUCUAACAGUAUAUGUAUGAUCGAGCCUACGACGCCAAAGACAAUGAAAAAUCGCGUAAAAGCGUCAAAUUCCACGAAGAUACGACUUCCGAACGCGGUGUCCAGAUCUAAGAAAAACGCCGCAUCGCGAAACAGCCGCGCUUUCGCUUUACAAGCUGGUUCACAAAUCGACCUUAGCGUCAUACCUGAUGACGUCGAAACAAACGAUUUGACGUCAUACGAGCCGCGACGAAGCGCGUCCUUGUCGCCGAAAACGUUCCAGAACGAUCUUGGACAGUGUUACAUCACAGAAGACGAAUUGUCUGCUUCCCUAGCCAAUGUCAACUUACCGAGAAACACUUCACCAAAUCGAGCCUUCAAUACAGUGUCGGGUGCUACUGGUCGCUUUAUGACGAAAGAAAGCGAGUUUUUCGCUGACAAAGGCCAAGAAAAUACGAACAAUAAUCAUUAUGAGUCACAACAGUCAAUGUAUACCGGGUCAACAUGGUCUCUAAACCCCAGUUCCAACGAGACGAGCCGCGAAAACAGCUCUCGAAAAUCACUUCGUGCACGUUUAAAGGGGGCUUUCAGCUUCCAGAAUAUUCGAAGAGCGAUUAGUAUGGAGACUUUGGACGAGGAAGAAAGCAAAGCGCAACGUUCAGUCAGUCACUACUACCUUAACGAAUGCGGGGAAAACGUGGGAGUUCCUGGGGUCGAAAGGUCAUCGACUCUUGGUUAUGGAAAACAUACUCUGCCCUCUGCCCCUGUCAGGAAAUCUGGUUCCAUAAGUUCGAUUCUAAGCACAGUGCGCAUGCGCAAACGGCGCUCACGUGAGAGGAGAGCUGCCAAAGCUAGAAACACUAUAGCUGUUGAUCCAAGGGACAUCCCGGAAUACGAGACCCCAGUUAGUGUUCCCGAAAGACCACGAUCCGUUCAUGGUGUCAGUGAUACAAUCGACAGAUUGCGCAACACUGGAGUGGGUAACCCAAAUCACUUUAGGCCCAUUGGUCGUGUAUUACAAAUGGACCCUAGAGAAUGUUCUGUCCUCGUUGAAAUGGUAAAGCCACCUUCUGGGCCCUACGGGUUUUACCUGGCAAGAAGGAAAGGGGAUACUGGAAGUGUCUACAUAUCUAGUUUGAGUGACAGCUACCCUGACAAGAUGUACGCCGGUCUUAUGAAACUCGGGGACGAAAUAACCGAAGUGAACGGCAACAAAGUCGAACUAUUAACUCUCAAUGAGGUUUAUGACAUCAUACUCGACAGUGAUAAACUACUCCUGAGAAUCAAGCCUUCUCAAGUUCACACUGUAUGACGUCAUUAUCGUGACGUAAAGCGCAACGUGACCUUCUUACGUCACAAUCGCGUAUAGAGGAAUUUCCUGCUGGCGGGAAAGCACCUAAGACGAGAAUGCGGAUUUGAACACAUGUGCAAUUCUAGUUAAUGGUUUUUCAUUCCAACAUGACGUCAUGAUGACGUCACCAGUGCUACGGUGCCUUUUCGUGAAUUCCUCUAUUAUUAAAUGAGUGUCCACUCGUUCACUACACUGUUGUUUCAUCAUUUCAAUUAAAUUUCUCCCUCAAAA